AAUUGCUUGCCUGCCAGAGUCUUCGUUCAUUUGUCUCCAAGUCGCCCGCUCUCGCUGUCGUGUCGUGCCGAGCCGUGUCGCGCUGUGUAUGUUCUCAAGAGGUCGAGAAAUCGGUUAAAGCCGCGGAUGAUAUGGUGAAACUCUUCUUUCAUCCCAUCGGAAAAGCCCAGCGCGCGUCGCCCCAGAGCCCUCCGGACCUGAUGCAGUAAUAUAAGCGCAAGCCCGCUGUCAGCUUCGAAUCACUUAACGCCGGCGCACAGAACCGAAAAGACGUAAAUCGACGUUAUCUAAAACGGAAACUGAGCCCAAAUUCAAACCCAAACCCAAACCCGAAACAUAAAACGAAACACUGUCGAAAGACCCCCCAAAACGGUUCAACUGAAGCGGCGAGAGCGAAACUAAAGUGAAAAGCAAACCGACUAAUUGAAGUCUGUCUGUCUGGCAGUGAAUCGCCAACGUGCAAAGGAAACAAACAAAACGGAAUAGGAAUUGGCAACAGCCGCAACGGCAGCGGUAGCGGCAACAGAAACAGAAACACAUUAGCACAAAAAAGAAAUAUUUAUAAAUAAAUAGCGACCAACCACCGACGACAACUACGGGAACGACAACAACUGCCCCAACAGCCACCCAUAACAAAGGCAAAUACAACCAGUGACAGAAAUCCGGCAUUAACUUUUAGCCAGUUUGUUUAUUUUAAAUACAUACGCGCAAAACACCAUAAAAAGAGCAGCAGUAGCAGGCGGAACGAAAACAAAGUUGUAGCGAUAAGAAAAUUGGCCUAAGCCUCCCCCCAAGCUCCGCCGAUCGCACCGCUCCUGCUCUACCAUUGUAAGCCUCGACGCAGACGAAAGCCGUCCAUAGAAUAUAUAUAGUUAUAUGUAUAUCCCCCUGUUUACAUCGAAGCCAUCGGACAUGAUGCCGCAAAUGUGGUGCAGGCUGCUGAGGAUCCUGGUGUUGCUCUUCGCCUUCUUCGCCAUGAUAGUUUUUAUCAAUAGCGAGAUAGCGAAGCGACGCAAAGCUGAGGCAGCCUUAGCGGCUUUGAUCGGGCAAGAGGGAGCCGAACUGCCAGGAGCCUCCGAAUCCGAGGAGGAGCCCAAUCCGGGUAGCGAGGAGUUUGCAUCGAUCGAAGCCAAAAAAGACAUUGAUAAACUCUUGCGCACCAUCUUCGUAGUGAACGAUGAUCAGGGUGUACAGAUCUUUAAUACAACGACCACGGACAAUGCACCCCUCAUGCCCAUAAACACCAUGCUCGGCGAUCAGUCCCAGAACCCGAUUCCAAAUCCGAACCAGAAUCAAAACCAAGCCCCGAAACCCAGAUCGUCCAACAUUUACCAUCAGUAUCACAGCCUAAGUCAGCAGCAGGAUCAAUACUUCAAAGUGCAGCGCUCUCCGGACGGGAAGCUGAAUCUGGUCUUUAACGAUACGUUCGUCUCUUUGCAGGGGACAACUCCGCAGACGCAGGCGGACCAGGUUCCGACCACCCACCGUCAGCCAUCGGACACCUUUGUCUUCCCCGGUUCCGCAGGACAUGGUCCCCGGCCCAUUUACCCGGCCCACUCGCUUCUGGGGGUCAAUGACACGGCCGCCCUGCAGCAGUGCGGGGAUGCGAAGCCGGAGUCCAGGUCCUUCUGCACCCAAGUGGACAACUAUCCGGACCUGUCCGGCCUGAAGAUGACGCUCUCAAGCAAGUUCUCCAAGUUCUUCAGCGAUGUGAUCCCCACAGACUUGAGUGCGCGGGUGGGCACCGAACCCGAUGAUACGAUCUACCUGUGCCGGGUCACGCCCCGCACUAUCUAUCCUAAGAAGGGUCUGACAACGAACAACAGCUGGGAGUUGAUUGUCAAUACUGAUGAGUUCAAGCAAGCCAUCCAGAUUGAAGAGUGCGAAAUCCCCAAUGGGCCGUGUGAGUUUACGGAUAGUUUCCCCAACGGGUACAAGUCAUACUGCAAACAACAUUACGUGACCCGCAACCUGGUUAGCAUUAAGGACGAAGGCCCACUGGACCCGUCGCCAGAGUCCUUCAGGAUACCCUCCUGCUGCAAAUGUGUACUGAAGAAGGUGAACUAGCCCCAUCGAGGAGGGGCUGGGGGAAUCAUCAUUCAAAAAGAUGCGAAAUUGUGAUUUGGAGUACCAAGUUUCACCCACCACAGAAUUGCAGGCCAAACUGUCCAGGGGUCGUUGUUUAAUUUUAUAUUUUUAUGACUUUGUAGUACUUUUUAAGCACGAUAUAAUACAUUUGCAUUCUGCUGUCAUUCGAAGACCCACUUUAGUCUACUAUAUGUGCAUUAUAAUUUAAAUUUUAAUAUCGAGUCAUUGUAAACAAAUUCGUGUCAUACUUCCUUGUUGUCUUCCUAAGAUAGUAAUGCAUGCAAUUAGUUUUAAAAUACACACAUAAAAAAUCACAAACACAUAAAACCACACACAAAAAAAACUAUUUCAAGAAUGUAUGUAGAGCUAAUGUAUAAUAAAUGUAUGCAAGUACAUGCCAGCAAAGUAAA